AUGCUCCAAACCACAGCGCGACUAGCAUAUGUUCCACCACCACGCUGCACCGCGCAGAUGUCGACCUUGUCGGUUUCACAAAUCGAUGAGAAACACCCGAGGGGGUUGGAAGCAGCACGUCCCAGACUGGUUAUAUCACAAUUCAGGCGCCGCGGAGUUUUUGGCGGUGGAGUUCUUUUCACCAACUCGGGCAGUUUUGCCGAAAGUGCGGGUUGUUUUUAUGGCCAUUGCGCGCCCGUUUCGUUCCAUCUUUUUGCCCCUCUAGAUUGCGAUGAGUUGAAGACACCCAAGAUUGCGUGGAUUGAGAUUUCGUUUUUUUUUCUUCUGCUUUUUGUUUUACGGUAUCACCCAUCCCUGCCCCGCGAUGUCUUUCGGUGUCCUUCUCUCGACACUACACGCACUGAACCCGCGUCCAUCCCCAAGGACAUUAGAUAG